AUGGAAGAGACUGAUGGACCUUCCGAGUUUUACGAUAGUGAAACAGUCCGCAAAUUCGCCCUCACAGAGGAGGCGAUAGCGGAAAAGACGCAUGUGCUGCAAAGCAACUGUAAUGAAAUGGCAGAAGAAAAAAAAGCUCAGCUUCUCGAAAAUUCUGUGCGCCACUGGGACCUGUUUUACAAACACAACACUGACCACUUCUUUAAAGACCGGGCAUGGCUAGGAAAAGAGCUUCCGGAGCUAUCUCAGGCUUGCAUGGCCACAGAGGAAAAGGGAGCACACGAGUUUCCGUUGCUCAUUGAUGUGGGGUGCGGUGUGGGCAAUUCCCUUAUCCCCAUUCUCCUUGAAAAUCCGCGGAUGCAUGCCGUGGCAUUUGACUGCUCUCCAAGGGCUGUUGGCAUGCUGCGGGACCGGUGGGCCUCUGUGUUGCAUAAACAGGAGCAAGGUCGUUCCUCUAAAACUACGCAACCUCCCACUGCUGGCUCAUGCAUCCAGCCCACUCCUGUUGACACUGAUGCAAUAUGCUCAGCAGACAAGACGGUUUUCAUCCAAAGCUCGUCUGAAGAAGACUACAGUGGGGACAGAACAGACGGCAGGCAGAAGUCGCCUUCUACUACUGCUGCGAAACCUGCUGCCGCUCUUGCUGCUGCGGCGGUGGCUCGCGGCGAGGCGCAAGUGUUUCACUACCCCGUUGGUCAGCUGCGUACAGUUGCAGCAUUUGACAUUACUGCGGGGGACGUCCCAAUAGAAAUAGUGACGAAGGGCACAGGGGAUUUUGUAUUGCUCAUUUUUGUGCUGAGCGCGUUGCACCCGCGGUAUCACGCUACUGUUGCCAAGAGAUGUGCGACGCUACUAAAGCCCGGCGGCAUGGUGCUGUUUCGGGACUAUGCGUAUUUGGAUAUGGCGCAAUUGAGGUUCGCAGAGCAGCAAAAGCCAAAACUAGAGCAAAAUUUAUACGCCAGACGUGAUGGCACGCUCGCCUACUAUUUUCUCAAAGAGGAGAUUGAAAAGCUUUUCUGUAGUGAAGCGCGACUAGAAGUUUAUGAAAACAGGUAUUGCAUGCGGGAAAUGGUAAAUCGGAAGACGCAGCAAAGAAUGCAGCGCAUUUGGAUUCAGGCAAAAUUCAGGAAGCCGCUCACGUAG